CUGCUGCUACUACUCGCUACUAUUAGUUCUCCAGCUGAAACAUUUCUGUUCCUUUUCGUCCUUGCCUGUCGACUGGAUUUCUGUGGACCUGCCUAAGUCAGACUUCUCAUAGCUUAUUUCGUCCGAUUAUCAGCUGCCACACGGCUUACCGGCUUCGGAAUUGUUCCUCUUCCAGCUGAUAAACGGUAUUUGAAACAAACCGUCGGAAACACAAACUGAACAACAUUGCUGCCCUUCCCAGGACGACCCCGGAGCUUCUCGCCUGCGAUCGAGCAACCACGUGAUGGGAUUGCACAAAAACUAUUUCAAAGUGGGACAAAAUGCUAGUAAUCAGCUGUUCGGACUGUCGCCACGUGGCCCCAAUGGCGCUACGCCGUUAUCGAUGCUUAUAUCGCAGGGAGCGAAAUUCAACAGCAAUCGCGUAGCAGUAAUUAUUUUCGGAAUAGCUACUCUCAUUGCUGGUGUGAUAUUAUCUUCGGUUCCUUGGCUGAACUUUUUUAUUAUGAAGAAUUUAAGACUCUGGAACGGCACGAUAAGCUUCCACUACUGGCAGCGGCCGGGCGUCACUAGGUUAACUAAGGUGUACAUAUUUAACGUAACCAAUCCGGAGGGGUUUCUCGCCGGUGAAAAGCCAAAACUAGUUGAAGUAGGACCAUUCGUUUAUAGAGAAGAUAUGGAAAAGGUGAAUAUCAAGUUCCAUGACAAUCACACUGUAACAUAUCAGCACAAGAAAAUCUUACAAUUUGUUCCUGAACUAAGCGUAGAUAAGAAUCAACGAAUAACGACACCAAAUAUCCCUCUGCUGACCAUCUCAACCCAGAGCAAACAUCUGGGCUACUUCCUGGCGAAAACGAUUUCGCUGGUGCUGACGGCCACCAAAUACAAACCGUUCAUUUCGCUGACCGCGGACGAGCUCGUGUUCGGCUAUGACGACACACUCGUAAGUCUCGCGCAUCGCUUCUAUCCCCGGAACCGGCGACCCAUGUCCCAGAUGGGUCUGCUCAAUGGGCGCAACGGAACCCUUCCCGAGUACGCCACGAUGCACACCGGCCACACGGGGAUGGAGAAGUUUGGCUACUUCGACAAACUGAACGGGCUCGAUCAUUUGCCGAACUGGGAAAAGCCACCGUGCAGCAGUAUAGAGGCCUCCGAGGGAUCGUUCUUCCCGCCGCGCGAGGUAACCAACGACGACGUGGUGUACAUCUACGAUCGGGACCUGUGCCGGUCGCUGCCGUUGGUCUAUCGGUAUCCGGUCGAGAAGGAUGGUAUCUCAGCGGAUAUGUACACACUAGCGGAUGACGCGUACGGGCCGAAGAACAAGAACAACACCUGUUUCGAUCAUCCGGAUUACAAACGUUACCAGGGUUUGCAGAACAUUAGUCCAUGCCAGUACGGGGCUCCCGUGUAUAUUUCAAACCCACACUUUUACCAGUCGGAUCCACAGCUGCUGGACGCUGUCGAGGGUCUGACACCUAAACAGGAUAUUCAUCAAACGUUCUUCAAAAUUCAACCAAAACUAGGAGUACCGUUGGAAGGGCAAGUAAGAGUCCAGCUUAACCUACUAGUCGAAGAAGCACCAAAUGUGAUGGCGACCAAAAACUUCAGAGACUUCGUUUUCCCGAUCAUGUGGCUCGAAGAGGGCGUCAGUGACCUCACGCCACCGAUCCGGCGGUGGAUCUACCUGGCAACGGUAUUCGCCCCGACUGCCCUGCCAAUCCUAACCUACGGCAUGAUCCUCACCGGUACGUUCGCGCUGAUCUACGUGUUCGUUCGGGCGUACAAAAACUUUGUGUUCACCUCGGAUCCGACGACGGAAUUUCUGGAAAUGGGACGCCGAUCGCUGCGUCGCGGCAGCAACAUGAUCAUCAACGGCCAGCACCGGAUACUGAUGCAGCGGGAUAGCUACAUCCUGCUGACGGCCAGUGCCGACCCGAACCUGUACCAUCACACCAACAGCAACAGCACCAGUAGUAGUCAUAACAACAACAACAACGUCAAUAGUCACCACAACAACAAUCUACUUCACGGCCAUCAUCAGAAGGACCAAACACGUCUGCUGAACGAGGAAAACCCAUCGCCUGCCUAG